AUGGUUGAAACAAAACAACGCAAGAAAUUUAAACGCAAAGAAAUUGAAGAAUACUUAAAAGGGAUUAAGAGUGACCGAGAAGUAAGAAGAAGAUUAAGAAUAACUUCUGAAGCACAAGAUAAAAGGGAUUUUGUAAUGUUCUCGGGUUUCCGUCUAGAACCAAUUGCUGGAACUAAAAAUUAUUGGAGCAUUAGAACUGGCAGUGGAGCAUGA